AUGUAUACCUAUAUGGAAUAUCUCCAGCGAUGUUUCUACAAAGCUACCCAGUGGAAUGAAGACAACAUAUUCAGCCAUCUCACGGCGACGCUGACCGCGUUGCUCGAGUUCCCCGUGCCCAACGGCGCCAAGGUCGACGUCCUGCUGCAACUGACGCCGUACCUGGCGCUGCUGUUUACCCUCAGCAACUACCGGGCGAUCAACGGGCUGAUUGCCUACUUCUACUCGUCGAUCCCCUUAUACUCUACCAGUGGUACCAAAGACGCCAGUCUUCAGGAGGCUAUCGCGGGGUUCAAGAUCAUCGAGCCGGUGAAAGAUGAAAGUACCGGGGACAUCGACCCGCUGACGGCGAAAAAACUACCGAUGUUAGUCUACGGACGGAUGUACUUCCCCGGACUGGCAUUAGAAGCAAUGUUGAUCAAGAGAAUCACCAAGCUGACCCAAAUGCUCGUCAAGUGUAUUUCGAACCCGUACGUCGACGAUAACGGGACGAUGAUCGUCUAUUUACAAACGAAUAAGCCUCGGUUUUCACGCGAGUUCAUUUGUCUGACCAAUGAAGCCCUUUGCGGGUUAAGGUUUCUCUACAAUUUCGGCGACUCUGCCGCAGCCAGUGGUGGUCGAGUCAUCCCCAAAUUUGACAACCUGGUGAUCAGCGUCGGCACUGAGCUUUGGUACGCUGCCAAGACGAUGUCUCCAGGGCUCUCUACUGCCCUCCGCUACCUGACCCGGCUGACACUGACGGGGAAGCCAUUGACGAUGACAGUUGCGGUUAACCCCAUAUUGGGCCACAUUCAGCUGACAUACACGGUGAAGACUUCGGUGGCCCUGACCUUCUGCUCAAAGUACGAUUUCAAUGCCUUUUCCUAUGCUCUGAACCUUUCGUUAGGCUGUGAGCUAUACAAUUUCCACCCUACGGCUACUCCACCGGGGCCCCAACUUCCCCGCAAGCAAAUCAAUUUGCCCAUGCUCUUCCCCGGGCAAGUGACGCAAAACCUGGUGAUUCUCAACCCGAUUCAGGGUCAGGAAGACUCAUACUACAUCAACCCCGAAUUGUUGAACCAGCCGCGGCGCCAGGCGGACGACAUGACGGCAGCGUUCCAAACGCUAGUGAACGAGCUGAAUUUCAAGCUGGUGCUCAAGUGCAGCACCAGUCUUGGAGACCGGCUGGUCAAGAUGUUGUGGGAGGGGCAUGUCGGCGAAUUCUUAAUGAGCACUGGCUUCAAGAUGCAUUUUGGCGACGGGCGUCCGCAAUUGUCGCGGUUUGGCGUUACCUUCUCCUACGCUGCCUGA